CAAUGCAAUGGGUAUUUGCAAAAAGGUCUCUGCUGCCACCUAGUCAAAAGUCUCCAUUAAUUUCACUUUACUUGACCGUUUUACAGAUUGUGAAUUCACAUGUGCAGCGGAAAACUCGCUUUGUUCUCCAGAGUGUUCAGACCAGGACCCCGGUUACAAUCGGACAAGAUCGCAGUGUAGAUGCGACCCAUUGUGUCCACUGUAUGGAGACUGUUGCGUGGACUACUGGACAAACUGCACUACGCUUCGCCAGUACAUGCACAAUGGGACCUCCAAAUACCAAGGCUAUAUCGGAUGUGUUGUUCCGUUAAAAUUAACGAUUGAUCCACGCCCGUAUUUCCAAAGUUACUACGUAGUUGAUAAAUGCCUUACUGAUUGGCCCACAGGCACGGUAAAAGAUAGAUGUGAGAAUAUCACUUUGUAUGGGCAGGAACGGUUCUUGGGUGUGUUUGUAACCGGUCCAGAUGAAGUCACAUUCAAGAACAUAUAUUGCGCCCUCUGUCAUGGGUUUGAGAGAAGCCAGCUGAUUUCGUGGUCUAUUAAACUGUGGCGCUGUAAACUCGUGCCAAACACGAACAAAUGGGAUUACAAUUCAUGUAAGGGUAAUGAUGUGGUACCACCAGCCUCCUUACAAUUCAACCCGCAUAGAUGCUUCUCAACUGUGAGCUCAUGCACCGAAAACAGUACCAUGGAGCUGUGUUCACAGAAAACGGCAAGAAUAUUUAAUCAGGCAACAGGGUUGGUCUAUAAGAACAUUGAUUGUCUUGACUGUAACGGUCCAUACAAUGAAAACCAUUUUUCGUGUAAUAUGCAUGCGUUUCAUCAUUACCACACCCACAUGGUUGAAUCGAACCAGAUGUUCACACUGCUGUUUGAUUUUACGGAAGGGACUGUUCACUCAAUUCACACGACAGGAAUCUUCUCUAAGGAAACCACAGGUCCUUUUCUGUUGAGAAGAAAUUGCAGCAACUGGCAGACACAUGAUCCGUUCCUAGAUGCAUGUGUUAAUUUGUGUGAUCCGUUACUACAACCCGGGGAUGAGCAAGAUCAUCUUCAGUGUGAACGGGGUAUCAAUGAUGCUAUGGUGUUGGAUAACAACCAGACUGAAUAUUGCAUGAAGAAUUUGACGCCUUUGGUCGUGUCUGGCAAACCAACCUACCUUGAAGGGACUAGUGAUCGAUUUGGUCAACAAGGCUCUAUUCUUGUAAUAUACACAAAUUUUGUGUAUGCUGAGUAUAUCCAAGAUGCUAUGGACCAACUGUUAACAAACAUAACUGAUUUAGAUCAGUUUGAAACUGUGACAUGUAAUGCAACAUCGGUGGUUUUAGCCGUCUCUGUUCGAUUAGGAGACGAAAUGGUCCAAUGUGAAGGGUACGCGAUUGAGAGUUUCAACCCAAAGAGCGACAUCCUUCAAUCAGAAGGUUUCUUCUGUGUCAACCUGAGUGGUUUUGUUUAUCAUCAGAAUGAGUUCAUGUAUGAGAUGCAGUACCGUUUUGCAUUGAAUGAGAGCAUUUCACUCAAGGAUCCACCAGUGUUAAGAUUGUGCAGUCCUUUUGUGGGGAGUAGGCGCUGUUCUCUUCUGACCUUCGACAGAGAGGAAUUCCAAUGGUCUUCCGGCUCUCCAGAUGGUAGUAUCAUUCACUAUGCAUCAGGCCGGAUAUUGGACCUUCAGGAGAUCUGGCAGUUACCUGAUGGUACAAUUCGUGUCUGUAAUUUCUUCGAGGAUGUUUUGAAAACGGAACACCCCGCAUGGAGGUUUGUCCUUGCUAAAGUCAGUUUUGUGAAUGGUGUUUUAUCACUGGUUGCCUUGAUUCUCGCACUCCUGUCGUAUGCUGUGUUUCCGAUUUUAAGAACCACUGCUGGUAAGACUAUUAUGAAUCUAAUGGUGGCAUUUGUGUUGGCUCAAGUUCUCUUGAUGAUCGGCAAGAUUGGACUGUCUUGGCUCUGUAUCCUGCGAGCUUUGAUGUUGCAUUGGUCCUGGUUGACAGUCUUCUUUUGGAUGACUAUUCUGGCAUGUGAUUUGGCUUACAACCUCAGGAGCAACUUGGUACCCCGGAGCAGGUCCCACAGAUCGGGUGGGUACAAACUGCUGAUUUUGGGCAUCUACGGGUGGGGUACUCCUGUUGUGAUCGUUGCGUCUUGCUUCAUUGUUUCACGACUCGGUGAAGACCAUCCAAGUUGGCUUCAAUACGGAGGCGCCGACUGCUGGAUAGUGGACCCUUUCCAUUCUUUGUUGGUGUUCGGGAUCCCGGUUGCUUUUCACUUAGCCAUCAACUGUCUGAUGUUUGGUUUCAUGCUCUACACUAUCAUGGCCAACCAAAACAGACUUGCCAAAGCGCGGAUGGCGAAGAGUCUGAGGAGCAACGUGCUGUUAAAUCUCAAGCUUGUUGUGAUCACGGGAGUCACCUGGACACUCUUUAUCUUGGCCAAUCUUAUCGAGGGAGCUUUCAUAUGGUACCUCUCCGUCGUGGUCAACUCUUUCCAGGGGCUUUUCAUCGGCCUGGUAUUCCUUCUCAACGAAAACGUCCGCAAUUUGUGGCGGCAGAAGUUGCGUCAAAUACAUUGUUGCAAGUGCUCCAGACUCCAUUCGUCAAAGCCAGAUAUGACGAGUGUAGAGAGGGGGCGAAGAGAUACAGAGAUGACCCCUAUCGACAUGUUAAAUAAUCAACAGACUGAGGCCAUGUCCAAAAUAGCGGCUACGGCUACGGCUACAGCUACGGCUACAUUUCCAUGUCAUCAUGCGUUGAAGUAUAGGCCGUCCUCAACAACCUCCUUAGCAACAGAAGUACAUGUAGCUAUAGCUGUAGGCGCCAAUUCGGAUACAGCCCCAGUCAGCCAAUGAGCACGAUACAAUCAAUCAUUGGUUUAAAAUGCCAUAGACCUUAUUGCAAAUACUCGGUACGCACGCUGUAGGUAUUGAAUGAGGUGCAUGCUAAGGACAGCUGGAGGCAGGAAAUGAUAUUACUCUUAAAACAAUCCAGGGCCCAAUUUCAUAGAGAUGCUAAGAGAUGAAAUUUCUUCCUUGAUAAAACCAGGAUUACCAACAAAAUUUCCAUUUGCUGCAAAUUUCUUGUUCCUUUUUUCAACUGUUGUUUGCUUAUCCUGAAAAUCAUGUGGAAAUUUGGUUGGA